GAGCUGUAGCUUAGCAACAACUAGUGUCCAUUCUCUUCUACUUUAUGCUCUGAAAGGUUAACACUUUCUUGUCUGUUACAAAUCACUUUUUUCAUCUCCUCCCCCAACACUCAUUGAUCAUGGCAUUUUGAAGGUAAGUAGCUAGAGGUGGUGCCAUGUUAGAUAUUAUGCCCUGCUAUGUUGGAUUUCCUUCUUUUCUUUUGUGUCCAUGGGAUUCUCAAGUAGAGGGGUUUCUUUUGUACUGUAAAGCUGCCAUUUUGUUCCUUGUUGAGUGUUGCAAGAUAUGAGUAACCCUAAGCCUAUUUUUGGUCAAACCCCCACUUUUUUAAACUUUACUUGUAUUUCUUUCUGUUAAUUGUCGAAUGGGGGUUUUCUCCUUUGAAGAGUGUGAUAGGUAUUAGCUUAAGUUUUCGUAGAUCCUAUACUUGCUUUUUCACUUUUACUUUUUCUUCUUCUUCUUCUUUUCCUCUGCUUGUUGGUUGAUUGAUAAACAACCACAACAACAACAAAUGGCUUCUUCUGAGGACGAUAACAAUGAUAGUGAAAUGGGUUUUCAAUAUAGAGGUGAAAUGAGCUCAGGAUCCAUGUUCAACAACAAGUCUUCCAGUGGGUCUGGUAAUCUCUUUGGAUCGGGUUGGGAUCCACUUGAGAAUUUCGGUGGGUCAUCGUCAAUGGUAGCUGUUCCUCCUAACAGUGAGCUAGCUUACCCAGAGAAUCAUCAAGUUCAAGUGGGUCUUAUUCAUCAAUACCAAUCUGGUUCAGGCAUUGCUGCUGGUUCAGGCAUUGCUGAUUUAGUCCCAAAAGUUGGGUCUUUUGGAAGUGGCAGUUUCUCAGAAAUGGUGAAUCCCUUUGGCAACCUUAAUCCUGAAUGUGGGGGUUCUUCAUCACCAAAUAGCAGAGACAAAAGAAAAUCCCCUCAUCCUCAAUUCAACCCCAUUACUAAUGGUAAAAGAGAAGAAAGAAAUGAUGAAAAGAAACAGAGAAUUGAAGCCAAUUGGAGGGGGAAGCAAAUGGGAAAACAAGCAAAAGAGAAUUCUACUGAUAGUGGAGGAGGAGGUCCUACUAAAGACAACAACUACAUUCAUGUGAGAGCCAAAAGAGGUCAGGCUACAAACAGUCACAGCCUCGCAGAAAGGGUUAGGAGAGAAAGGAUCAGUGAGAGAAUGAAACUGCUUCAAGAACUUGUUCCUGGCUGCAAUAAGAUCACUGGAAAAGCAGUAAUGCUUGAUGAGAUUAUCAACUACGUUCAGUCACUCCAACAACAGGUGGAGUUUUUAUCAAUGAAACUUGCGACUGUGAACCCAGAAUUGAACAUUGACAUCGAGCGGCUUGUGUUUAAAGAUAUGGUUCAUUCACGGGGAAGUAGUUCGAAUCCAGGUUUUGGAUUUUCGUCAUCCCAUUCUUAUCCACAUGGGAGCUUGACCGGUAUUCCAACUACAACUGCACCAUUGCAUCCUAUCCAUCCUCAGCAGCCUGUAUGGGACAAUGAUCUUCACAGUCUUCUCCAAAUGGGAUUUGAUGCUAAUCUUGGACAGAAUGGAGGAGGAGCAAAGAUGGAUGUUUAGAGAUGCUUUUUGUUUGUAAUGAUGAGAAAGAAAGAGCAUUUGUGUUUUUCUUUUUGUAUAGCUAGCAGCAGCAGCAGCAGCAGCUCCUAACUGAGUUUUAGCAGAAGAUGAGUGAAGAAGCAGCAUGUACAUUUAAACAAGAAGAAGUUUUUAUGAGUGUUGGAUUGUAACUAAUGAAUGAAUUAAUAUUGGUUGGUUU